UUCAUAUCUAGAAGAAUAGCUACUUUCCAUUGUUCAUACAUGCAAGCAUCUGCUAGAUGGGACUAGAUGUUAUAUACUUAUACGGUAUAACGAGAAAAAAGUUGUUUUAGUCUGGUUCUCUCCUGCAGCAUAUCGGGAAUAGAAAAAAAUUUUUUUUUGAAACUGCUUUAUCCGUGAAUUUUUUUUUUCAAAAAAUCGUUAUAAGAAGACGUAAGUAUAUCCAAGUUAUCUUUGAAGAUAUAUUUUGUUUACAUUUAUAUUCUUGUUUUUGUGCUAUUUUUGAACGCUCCUUCCCUCUUACCUGGGCCUGUCCGUUUAUUAGCCAUUAAUUUUGCGCACAACACUCUACAAAGCGGUCGGUGUUUGUCUCGAUGAACCAGUCAAAACAAACAAUCGAAAGUAAUACUCUGACGUCUUUGUCUUUGCAAAACAACAUGUGUUUCUGGCUGCCUUAGAUAGUUGACGACAAACCAAUUUAAAAGCCUCGAUUUUCUUGAUAAAUCGUUAUGCAAGCUUCCAGUCUACUUGGUGUGUUAGCUAUGCUUCAUGUUUGUGUUAAAGGUUGUGUUGGAGCUGCACAGGUAUUUCCAAGCAGUCCAAAUACCACCACAGUACAACCGCCUUUAAACCAAACAACUACUUCUCUACCAUUUUCUUUUCAAUAUUAUUGCAAAGACUAUAGUUUUGCACCUAGCAGCGUCUGCGGGAAGUACAUAAGCGGUAUGGUAUAUUACUAUGGCAACGCCUCUGACUUGGUAAAGAUUGACGCAGACUUACACCAGGUGUUUCAAUAUUUAUACUUAGCUGUGAGCUUAGUGCGAAAUAGCAAAGACAAGCUGGGGGCAGCGAAGACACUUUUUAGUCUGAUGGGAAGGAGUCUAAACAUAAAGAUACCAUCGGAUAAGAUCCUCAAACAGAUAAUUAACGUUGUGACGCUUCCAUCCUUCGAUGUGUGCUUAAAUCAUACACAGAACUUUCUUUGCAAGCAGUAUUUUCCUUCAUGUGUUCAAAGCAUGGUAUACAAAAAUGUUUGGAUUGAGGAAACCCCGUGUCAAGAGAUGUGUUAUUAUAUUAUCAACAAAAAAUGUAAACAAGAGAAAGCGCUGUACGAUUUGUUGCUAGAUUAUGGUUUCUUGCAUUAUUCAGCCUUAAAGUGUGACUGACUUCAGAGUUAUUACUCAAGCCGAAGCCAAUGUUUCAUGUCGACAGAUACUUUAAGUAAGUUAUGUUUCACGUGGAAAGAUACUUUAAAUUUCCUGAAAACAAGUGAUAAAAAGAAAAUAAGAAUAAUACUUAAUAAAGUAACAACAAAGAAAACAAAUCUUGUGCGCGAGAAGAAGAUUACAACGACGCCAUACUCAAAAUUUAAAGUAUCAUCAACAAAGACAACAUCAAAAGCAAGUGAUGAAAAUAGCAGUGAUGCAUUGUUAGACAGGCUUUGUCCAAAGUAUAACACGGUUCUUCCAGAUGGUGAAUGCAUAAAUUACAUAAAAGACACCAGAAUUUUUCAAACAAAGAAGGAAGCUCUGGAGAAGAACAUUAAUCUUAAAGCUUUUUACAAUGACUUUAGUACCUACAUUGGAUAUUUUUUAAGACAUAGUAAACCACCAUAUACAUUAGGUGAAUGUGGAGAAAAACCCGAGGUUCGGAAACUUCUCGAUGUUAUUGUAAUUCCAAGCAGUGAAGAGUUUAGUUUGUGUUUGAACGAGAGCAAAAAAUUUGCUUGUCAAACAUAUCAUCCCACAUGCUUGUAUUCGAAUUCAUCCGGUAAAAUAAAAAUAAAAAUAUCGCCGCCGUGUCGACGACCGUGCGAAGAAUAUCAAGGGUGUAAAAUUAGUUUGGCAUUCAUGAGAAGACUUAACGAUCUAGUUGCUCUGUGUCCAGAGUAUCACUUGAACAUUCGUUUGUUUGUUUUUCCGUCGUGUGAAGAAUAUCUGCAACAUAACCAAAGUGUUAUCGAGAGCUGCCAAAUGCUCCAUCCACAAGCCACAAAAGAAGAACUACAAUACACUACUUACUGCUACCAAGGAGUUGGGAUUCACUACAAUGGAACACUGGAUGUCACUUCAAGUGGAAAAAGGUGUAUUCCAUGGAAAACAAGAUCUUACUUGAAUCCAGAAGUGUAUCCUAAUUUAGUCAGGAAUUACUGCAGAAACCCACAAGGAUAUGGAGAUAGGCCUUGGUGUUAUGUAAACGUGACAGGCAACGAAUGGGAGGAUUGUGAUGUUGUUAAGUGUUCUGAUUAUUAUGUUAAAGAAAUACCAGGUAAACAAUUUUAUUCGUUGUUGCUGUUUUUAUUGUUGUUUUUUUCUGUUUUUUUGUUGUUGUUGUUGUUUUUAUUUUUAUUUUUUGUUACUCUCGUUGUCGUUGUCGUCGUUGUUGUUGUUGUUUUUGUUGCUGUUUUUGUUAUUGUUGUUGUUAUUGUCGUCUGUGUUGUUUUGCUGUUGCUGGAAAUCCCCCUUCUUUGUUUAGUUUCGCAACUUUCUCUCGUGAAUAUCAUUGUGAUUAUAUUGGUUGUGGUCGCAGUUGUGAGCCUGCUUGUAUUCUUAGUUCACUGUGUUCGCAAAAAAAAAGCUUCUAAAAAAGUUGAAAACGUCACUCCAGUUGAAGCUUAUUCAGAACUUGAAGUCACACCACUGGUGAUAAAAGCGUCUGUACCAACCACUGGACAUGCUGAACAGUCAUUAUCUUCUACUCGAAAUGCUACCUCAGUGGCAUAGCCAUAUACGAAAUGUAAAAGCAGGGGUUAUAAAAUAUUUAAUAUAAAUAAAAUCUGCAAGAAAGGUUUUUAUUAAAGAAAAAACCUUUAUUACCUUAUGUUAGAAUUAUCGAUGAAAUAAAAAAAAAAUUUAUUAUCCAAAUUAGAUAGU